UGGCAGCUAUCGGAAAUCAGUAUGGAGCAAUUGGUGCAUGCCAUGUCAGACACUUAGUAAAGCAGAACUGGGCCAUCCAAAGAGAACGUUUGUUUGAGAACCCUUUGGAAGCCAUACUCAAGUGCACACCUCAUGUCCCUGAAGUUGUGAAGGUUUUAAAUACCAGCACCCAAGUAGCCACGGUGUCUGAAGUGUCAUCUACUUACACUAGGGAGAUAACCACGGAGUUGCCUGCUCAGGAUGCAGCAAGCUUUUUGGAAGCUGAUGAAGUGCCUCCUCCCCCUGCAACGCGUGCUGUGGCCAUGCAGACCUCUGAGCCCCCCUUGCCCACCCCUGCGGCCAUGCAGCCCCCUUCUGCGACCUUGCCUGUGGAAACGGCCCUUGUGCUGCCUCCUACCCCUGCCAGCUUCUGUGCUGGAGGAGUACUGCUGGAAAAUCCUCUGGGAAGUCCGCCCAAGUUUGGACCUGCUCCUCUUCUUUCUCCUUUCAAACGGAGAUCAAAAAUUAAGAGCAUGGCUGCUGCUGCCGUGUCUGCUGCCAUUGCUAUCCGGGCCAGACUCUCUGAACCUAGCAUCUACCGCUCGCUCUUGGAUGCCCUGCUCAUCACACCUGUCACUAAGCCUCCUCUGCAGGCCAUCGGGCCCUCCAGGAAGUCCACAAGUGCUCUGGGGUUACAAAAGAGCCUUACAAAGAGCAAUUCGUUGGAGGCUCCCCAACCAGCUGCUUUCACAGCCUCCUCAGCAAGAAGCAUGCCCGCCCACCAGGAAAACACGGAGGUGAGACCUGCUCCGGCCAGCACCGUGUCAGCCGCAGCACUCAAGCCAACGGGACCCCCAGGUGCCACCAAGACCUUGGGCUGGCAGCCUACAAACCAAGCAGUGCCUGCCAGUGGAUGGACAUCAAACAGUAUUAAACCACCCGGAACAACUGCCCCGAGUGAACAACUUGUGACAGCACCUCAGCUGAAUGAGCAAGACACGCUGGUGCAGAGGGCAGAGCAUAUUCCAGCAGGAAAGCGUACUCCCAUGUGCGCACACUGUAAUCUAGUCAUCAGGGGACCCUUCUUGGUAGCUUUGGGGAAGUCGUGGCAUCCAGAGGAGUUUAAUUGUGCUCACUGCAAAACCUCCAUGGCUUACAUUGGAUUUGUGGAAGAGAAAGGGGCGCUGUAUUGCGAGGUCUGCUAUGAGAAGUUCUUCGCCCCUGAGUGUUCAAAGUGCCAGAGGAAGAUCCUUGGGGAAGUAAUAAAUGCUUUGAAACAAACUUGGCACGUUUCCUGCUUCGUGUGUGUGGCCUGUCAUAACCCCAUCCGCAAUAACGUCUUCCACUUAGAAGAUGGCGAUCCCUACUGUGAGACGGAUUACUAUGCCCUCUUCGGUACUAUGUGCCAUGGCUGUGAAUUCCCCAUUGAAGCUGGAGACAGGUUUCUUGAAGCUUUGGGCCACACUUGGCAUGACACUUGCUUUGUAUGCUCCGUAUGUAGUGACAGUUUGGAGGGUCAGACUUUCUUCUCCAAGAAGGACAAGCCACUGUGCAAGAAACACGCUCACUCCAUCAACAUCUGAUGCUUGGAGUGCAUCUUGUGUAACAAAUGUACUGAGCAGAAAGAAAGGUUAAAAUGUCCAUGUUCAAUAAUUGGUUAAAAUUAUUUAUAUAUGAUUUUCUAGAAUGGAAGAGAAAUGUGGAAACUUGUGGAGGGGGUUGUACACUA